AUGGCGGACGAUCAUUAUUUAGCCAAGACGUAUGCCGAAGCUCGUAGCCGGCUGGCUCUGGAUUACACAUAUGGCUUUGACACUUCCGGUCAAUCUCAAGAAUGGUACCUCGGAGACAUAAUAGUGAACGGAUGGGCGUCUGAGGAUGACAUCAAACACUUCACUCACCACAGCCUGAUGCGUGGCUAUGAAGAGUGGCAUCUGAUGUUCUCAUGUGCAAACGCUUUAAAAGAAUUGAAAGAAGAGGCUUCUUUCGAUGAUCCCCUCGAGGGGCAAGACCUCCUCACCUUCCUCACCAAGGUCCUCUCCCCACGCUCUGGCCCUCUAGAUGGUGUCAUCAGCGGAAAGACGUCGAAUCUUCAUCCGAAGUAUGAAGACGUUGCACAGGAACCCCAAUCCCAGUCAAGCACGAAACAGGGGAAGGCAGGGAAAAGGAAGAGAGAUGCGUCUCACGAACAGACAGAUCCAGAACAAUCCGUCAAGAAGCACGGAAUGAACAUGAUAUCUCCAUUCUGGUCCGCGAAUAACCCAGGUUCUUCCCUUCAGCAAUUCCACCAGUCAGCAGAUGAUAAAAAGGAGUCGAAAAGCGAGAAGAAGAAGAGUAGAAAGAACUCAAAGAAGAGAAAGAGAGACAUAAAGGCUAGAAAGUCACUGCCCGAGUCUAUUGCUACACCUCUAGCUGAGAGCCCAGUUCUUCGAGUCCCCAAAGUUCGCCGCAGCCAAGACAACAUCUCUACAUCGCCGGAAUUCUACAGCCGGGAGUCUGUGAGUGGCCAGGGUGGUGUUUUGCAUACUACUCUUCCGCUGCGCGUUUCUCAUACAAAUACUGAAGCAGAAAAGGUAUUAGCAGACUUGCAAUCAUCAUUACCUACACCCGGAAAUGUUGAAGGGACCUUGGACGCAGCUACGUUGAGUUUAGGCGAAUCGGACGAAAACGAGGAACCAGAAAUCAACGGUGCAGCAUCUCAUAAGAGAGAAAGCAAGUCUCCUCAACUAGUAGUAAAAUGUCUAACUCCCAAACGCAAAACGAAGUCCCCUUACUUUGACACAAUGGACAUGUUCGGCCCGCCCAAGAUAAAAUAUCCCCGACCUCCUCGAGGAACAGUUCCUUGCGUACCUUUCCCGCGUUUAGACGCCCCCAAUUUCGGCUUGAUUCAAGAAGACCUCGCAACCGAUCCUCUUCGUUUGCUUAUCGCAGUGACUUUUCUGAUACGCGUAAAGGGGAAACAUUCAAUACCCGUGUUCCACGAUCUCGUAGAAAAGUAUCCGACACCGAGACAUCUAGCAGAAGCAGACACAAACGAUAUAAUAGCAAUGAUUAAACACCUCGGUCUUUCUGCGGUUCGAGCUACUGCAAUCCAGAAAUACGCACGAAUAUGGAUAGAAAAGCCACCUCGAGCUGACAUUCGAUAUGGCGUGAAGAAUUAUCCACAGCUAGGCGACGGGGCCGACGUCCGGACUGCAGAAACAUUGAGUCCUGACGAUCCCAGGUCGUCGGCUUGGGAAAUUGGCCACAUGACACAAGGUCGGUAUGCUAUAGACAGCUGGAGGAUAUUUUGUAGGGAUGUCCUUCUCGGUCGUGCAGAAGACUGGAGAGGCAAAGGACGCGAAGGAGAAUUCCAACCUGAGUGGAUGCGAGUAUUGCCGGAAGAUAAGGAACUCCGUGCCUGUCUUAGGUGGCUAUGGAUGCAGGAGGGCUACGUAUGGGAUCCAAAAACGGGAGAGAAGGAUAUCCUUCCGGAAGACUUGCGUAGGGCGGUUAACGAGGGUCGAGUUGCAUAUGAUGACACUGGCGAGCUGAAAAUACUGGACAAGGUGGCUCCUACAGGGAGCAGUACCCUUAAAUGUAUAUGAUAGCUACACUCACGAAUAUGCUUUUUUAUAGGGGGUCGCUCUUGAUUGUGUAUUGGUUAUAAGUACGCCCAACUCGGCCAGCUAUAAGAUAUUAAUUUUUAUGCGAAGCUUUUUAAUAUCAGAUAAUGUAUCAGAUCAUUUAUUAUAAUAAACUUGUAAAAACUGAUUUCGAUGUAAU